AUGAUUGCUACGCAAAUUGACGAUGACAUUUAUGAUGGAUACAAUGAUUAUCCAACAGUUUAUAGUAUUAAAGAUCUUGAGCAAGAUGAAUAUUUUCAUGAAACUCUUAACACAAGUUAUGGAAGAAGAUCACUAUUCACACCAAAAGUCCCUGGAACUGCUAUGCGUUUAGGCACAUCAAGUGGAUUUCAUAGGUCUGGUACUGGUAUAUCUGUACGUCCCACUACUAGUGGAAUAAGACCAAUGACUGCAGUUAGAGGUGCUGGUUAUACAAGCAGCAGUCGUCAAACUUUUGAUCCACUCAAUAUGAGUAACACUAUUAAAGGAGCUGCACCACCUCUAGAAACUGGAAAAGAGGACACGCCAGAAGAGAAGAUAAAAAUAGCUGAAAGAAAGAUAAUGGAAUUAAUAGAGAGUUCAGUGGAGGCAGCAUAUGAGAAUAAUACGAGGGUUGCUCUAGAGAGAGCAAGGGAAGCUUCUUCAAGAGAAAGAGCUCUUAUUCGAUUACAAGAACAAGCUGGCCUUAGUGAUAACCAUAAUGUAGACUUAACAUUUGCUGUUAUUUUUAACUUAGCUAUUCAAUAUACUAAUAAUAAUAUGUUCACUGAAGCUAUAGCCACUUAUCAAGCUAUAACAAGAAACAGAAUGUUUAGUAACAGUGCUAGGCUUAAAGUGAACAUGGGAAAUAUAUAUGUUAAAAUGGGACAAUUAUCUCAAGCAAUUAAAAUGUACAGAAUGGCAUUUGAUCAAGCACCAACGGCUCAGAAAGAUUUAAGAAUAAAAAUAAUGCAUAACAUUGGAAUGUUAUUUGUACAAAUGGGUCGUUUGGAAGAAGCAGCUAAUAGCUUUGAAUGGGUUAUGAAAGAAAGAGCUGAAUUUAAAGCAGGGUUGCAUGCUGUUUUAUGCCAUUUCGCGUUGUCUCAUAGGGAUAAAAUGAAAAGAGCGUUUUUAGAGUUAUUAGAAGUUCAGCUUAACAUAGAUCAGGAAGACAGAUAUAAUAUCAGUACUGAUGAUGUUGCUUCUAAUAUAUUAAAUGAAAUUUUGAAGAAUGAUGAUUUAUCUAAGUUAGAAAAGGAGUUGAAGUUGGAAGCCGAAAGAACAAUACUUUGUGCUGCAAAACUAAUAGCACCUGUUAUCGAAGAUACACUUACAGCUGGAUUUGCAUGGUGCGUUGAUGCCAUAAAGUCUUCAGCUUACGGACCUCUAGCCGCUGAUCUGGAGAUAAGUAAAGCAAUGGUGUUCUUACACAAUAGAGAAACGCAGUUGGCUAUUGAUACCUUAAAAAUGUUUGAAAAUCGGGAAAGUAAAGCUAAUAGCGCAGCUGCGACGAUGCUUUCAUUUGUUUACUUCCUUCAAGGAGACUAUGAACAAGCAGAAAGAUGCGGAGAAAUUGCUCGAAACACAGACAGUUACAAUGCAGCAGCUUAUGUUAAUCUAUCAGCUUGCGCAAUCAGAAAGGGCGAAUUACACAUCGCUAGAGAGCUUCUCUUGUGUGCACUGGACACAGAUGCCAGUCACGUGCAGGCGCUUUAUAAUCUGGGACUAGUCUAUAAGAAGGAAGGUAUGUACGAAGAAGCUUUGGAAUGCUUUUGGAAGAUUCGUAAUAUGGUCAGACACGAUCCUCAGACACUGUACCAAAUUGGCCAUCUCUAUCAACUUAUGAGUGAUGCAGACCAAGCAGCUGAAUGGUUUAAUCAAUUACUUGGCAUUAUACCAUCUGAUCCCGGAGUUUUACAAAAACUAGGUGAAAUGUAUGAUGCUGCUGGAGAUAAACAGCAAGCAUAUCAGUUUUAUAGCGAUUCGUAUAGAUUCUUUCCUGCAAAUUUCGAGGUAAUUGAUUGGCUUGGGUCGUAUUUUGUAUCAAUGCAGGUUGCUGAGAAAGCAUUAGUUUACUUCAAGAAAGCAGUAGAACUUGCUCCUGAUGAACCAAGAUGGAGAUUGCUUGUCGCAGCUUGUUUGAGACGAACAGGCCAAUUUCAUAAAGCUCUAUUGGAGUAUCAAGAUAUCCAUGAGAAGUUCCCGGAAAAUGUGGAAUGUCUUAAGUUCUUGAUUCGAUUAUGUAGCGAUCUUGGUUUGAAGGAGGCUCAAGUUUAUGCAGCGGAAUUGAAGCGUGUUGAAAAAGCGAAGGAGUUAAAAGAUAGACAAGAAUCGGCGAGACCAGGAUCCAGAAGAAGCAAUAGCGGGGCAUCGUCACGGACAGGUUCCGGAAUGAGUAUAUUAUCGGAUCACAGAUCAAGUCCCGUUCUUGGUAGAAGAGAUAUUCAAGGCUUAAGCAGUGCUGAUCCAAUAGGUCCUUUACCUACUCGCCCUAUGACAUCCGCCGGAAAGAGGGAUGAUGAUUUCGGAGAUGAAGAACUGGGCGAUGAUCUUUUACCGGAGUAACGUGAAUAUAAUAUUUCUCACUUUCACAUUAUACUUCACUAUUCUUACGAAUUGUACUACAAAUCGCACCGGGAUGGAAGAUUACAUUUGUAA